AUGACCCUCGAUCACUGUUUUCUCCCUCUUCCGUUGGUCGCAGAGAUGAGACAUGCAAAGGUAGGAGUGGGUUUUUGCCGAUGUGCGGCGUUGCCGCCUCCAGCAGGUUCCGAGCGUCGGACAGGUUCGGCGCCCCGGACACCUGCACCCGAGGAUAUCUCGGUGGGCGUCAUAGACAAAAACAAUGACUGUAUCUGCAUAUACUGCGCUUCUCUGUCCCGCAUCUCCGGCGGAGCGCCCGCCUGGACCCGGACGGGAGAGGAGAAGGACCCGUCGGCGGUCAUCGAUAUUGCCGACUCGCAGCUUUGGGCGGCCGGUGUCGUCCUGGAGAGGCCCUUCAACAUCCCUCCAUUCCGCUUCCCCCAGAGCACUGGUGGGUUCGCGGAUAUCAACGCGGGUGGUGCUUCCCAAUGGGAAGAAAAGAUGGAAGAGGCCUACAAGAUCCAACUGCUGGGUGCUUUGCCAGCUCCACUGAUGAGCGGCUUGCCGUGGUUCGAGGAUCUUUUGACGUGGAAAUCCAUUGCCGACAAACCUGGCCAGAAGCAGAUAUUUGGGAUUAAGCCCAGAUCCCGUGUGAAGGAUCUGCUCUCGAGAGCGCUGCUUCGCCUGUGCACCCCGCUGGGGGAAGGAUGUCACGACCGUAAGAUCGCCAAAGCAUUUUCCAGUCAGAACAGAUUGUUGAUAGUGCCAGACCACAACUGCGGCGGCGAGGUCAAGCUCGCGCAGACUAUCACAUCCUCGGUCCCUGAGAGAAGAUAA